GAGGAAACAGACGUUGUUCCUCUCUCCACAGCAAUGGUUGGUGGUCGACUUUGUUAUCGUAGCUACUUUCUACAGAGGAUUGUGCUACUUGUCUGGGUCUGCCUCUAUUAUGUGGAGGCUUCCAGUGGAAAACGUGUCAUUCAGAAAAAUGUUGGCGAUACUGUGGUGCUUUCAUCAGGCUUACCAACUGAUAAUGUGACUGUGGCAAAGUGGAGAUAUGGAAGAACAGCAAUUGCAGACAAAGAUGUGGGAGUUUAUAAAAAAUCUCAAUUUAAGGACAGAUCAGAGCUGAACCCUGAAGACUUUACUUUAACAGUGAGAAAACUGACUCUUCAAGAUUCUGGUGAUUUUAUUUUUGUCUCAGCAAUAAAUGGGAAACAGAGGGAUUCAGUCACCAUCACUCUGCAAGUUCAUGAACCCAUAAGUAAGCCGGUCAUAAAAAUCAGUUCUACCUGGGAGGCUUUUAAUGGGUCAUGUAAAGUUCUGCUGGAGUGCAGCACAACUGGUGAUGUCAGCUACAACUGGACUGUAGGAAAACAAACACUACCUGGUCCCAGGCAACAAUACAUCAUCAGGGAGGAUGGAGAGACUAAUUUCACUUGCACAGUUUCCAAUAAUGUCAGUGAGAAGUCUGCAUUUCAAACUGUGAAGUGCAGCAAAGAAAAACGCCUCAUCCUUUUUGUGGGUGCAGCUGGUGGAUGUUUGGUGUUUAUAACAAUUGGUAUAAUCACAGGAGUUUGUUGCUGCAGAAAAAGACAUGUUGGAAGUGACACAAAUGACCUCACUGUGUAUGCUGAUAUUGGUGAGGUUACAAAUGAAGAUGGGACUUCAUCUAUCAAGACACCUUGCUCGUUGUACGAAACCAUUGAUAACAGAGUCACCUCGGUUAAAUCAGGGCCCCAGACAGUGUAUGACAAGAUCCAGCUUAAUCGUGUGAGGAACGUUUCAGUGUCACCCUACCAAGAUGUUUCAUAGAUUGCGUAUAGCUUUGUAUAGCCUUAGUUGGUUUGUUAAUUUCUUAUGUAAACACAAAAAGUAUGAACAUUUGGACAUUUUCUUCAUAACAACAACUUGGAAAAUGGAAAGCCAGAAAAAAUACAAACCUAUUAUGACAAGGAAAGAGGCAAUGUUUAUUACAUUUAGCAUGCUAGUUUUAUCAUAUUGGAAAAAAGUGUCAUUCUUUUUUUGUUGAUGUUGCAUGCUAUAUGACAAAAUG